AUGUAUUUUAUGAAUUUUUAUAACAUAAUUUGUUAUUUUUUUAGUACAAUCAUUUUAAUAGCAACUAAGUUUCUAUUUCAAAAUUUCGUGGUGUACAAAAAUUAUUCAACAGUGUUAACCUUAAUGAAACACUUUAAUCAUAUCAUUUAUUUAACUGCAUCUCAAUAAGAAAUUGAGUUUUGCGCAAUUUCAGACACACAUAAAUAUUUUCAUCCAGAAACAAUGGAAGAGUUCAUACCUCAAUAUUCUGAUUCUAAACCGAAAAUUUAAUCAUCAAUAUACUAUGUGCCUGAUCAAACGAUAGCCUAUAAUAAAAACAUAUGUAUUUUUCAAAAAUUUGCUCAAAUCCCUUAUUAUCUAUUAUCUGACAAUUGUCAUAUCAAACAUGGAAUAAAUUUCGAUAUGCCUAAUAUCAGAUUGGCUUCCUUUUUAUUUGUAGCCUCAACUGAACCUUUGAUAGUUUACUUUUACAGUAGAUUGGUUGUAAAUGACUAAUAUCUUAUGCAGAUCAACGAUGUAUAAAAUCAAUUGGGCAAUUCAUAAUUAGAUUAUAAACUGAGACAGUUUUGGAUUCAAGUAAUAGAGUCUCAUAAUUUUCCUGUGAAUUUUAAGCGUUCUUAAUUAAUCCAAGUAGAUUUUCAGUAAUACAAUGGAGUUUUAAAAGUUUCUUAAAUAAACAAUAAUGUCAUUCAUCCGAAGGUCCUUAAGGAUGCUUAUGAAAUGGAUAAGAGAAUGGUGAUGACCAAAUACAACAACAUAAGAAAUCUGAUUAAAAAAAAAUUGAAAAAUUUUAGGAUGUAGGAGAGCCUUUUCAUAGCUCUACAAGAAUUAACAAAAGAUAAAGCAUUGGAUUAAAAACAUGAUGAUUCAUUUCAAAUUUUAAUUGAUUAUAAUAGAAUAGGCUAGAGAGUUUACAACUAUGUAGAAUCAACGUGUCCAUGA